GAGCGCACAGAACCAGAAGAGGAGGAGCCCAAGAAGAGAGAGCCCCACAAACCAAAGAAACUGCAGACUGAAUUCAUCAAAGCUUAUGAUGUAAAAGAGCUUGAAAAGGAGGAGCCUGAAAGGAAGCGAUAUCAACCUAAGAAGCUUAUUUUCCCUGAAUUUGUACCCCAAUCUGUCGUUAAGAAGGAAGUCUUGGAAACGAAGAAGCUAGAUCGUAGCAAAUUUGAUGUUAAAGUGCCCGAGAAGCACGAGGCUGAAAGUGUGCGUGCUCAACCUAAGAAGCUUAAUAUCCCACAAUUUGUAUCUCAAGGUGUCGUGAAAAAGGAGGUUAUAGAGACUAAAAAGCUAGAUCGUAGCAUCUUUGGUGCAUCGCAGUUAAAAGAGGAGCCCAAAGAGAGGGAACCCUUUGCACCUAGAAAGUUGCGAAGUGAAUUUAUGAAGACGUCUUAUGAGCCAGAGGACCAAGAACCUAAAAGAAGUGAGAAGACAGAACCAAAAAAAUUGAUUAUCCCACAGUUUGGAUCGAAAACUGUUGCUAAAGACAAUUUUGAAACAAAAAAAUGGGACCGAAUAAGUGAGGAUCAGCCUACAUCUGAACCUGCUGACGUUGAUGUGAAUGUAUACAAGUCACGUAAGGUGGAAAUAUCAAAGGAUAAACGAAAUGAUGAUGCGAGAAAGGAUCUGGAAAUAAGAGGCCCUUCUGGAUUGAAAUUCCAUCAGCAAAUCGAAAGAGCAACACAGCUUGAGAGUCAUGGUAAAAAUCAGUUUUCGAUGAUACAAGUAGACAGCGCUGUUACACACGAUCCAGAAGCAACGGUCAUCACAGUAGACGGAAGCAUCUCCAAGAAUAAGCGAUGGGGUACCCCAGCUGACAAAACUGUCCAGCUGACUGAUGCAAGGAAGCCAGAAAAUGUUGACGUUUCUAGAAACUUCAAAAAAGAAAACACUUAUCACACCACAAGUGAAGAAAAACAUGAAAACCUUACAGUUAUCAAACAAACCUCUAAAACUGUGAGACAACAAAGCCACGAGAGUGUAGAAAGAGUUUAUAGUCAAAAAAAGAUCACGGAUUCGACCACAGAGAGGCCUAAGGCUUAUGAUGGACAUUAUAAGAUAACGCAAACCACGGAUCAAGUUAGCAUGUCAUCGCCGAGACAAGAUUCUCCUGAAGAAACGUACAAAGGGAAAAAAGUAAUUACUGUAGGAAAACAAAAACUAAUUCAAAUGGAUAACGCUGGAACAGCUUUUGUAAAUUUGAACAUUCACCGUGGACGAAAAGAGGACAAAGAAAACCCAAGGGAAAGUGCCAGUGAACCUCAAAAAACUCGUCACUUUCCUGGCCAAGUCGACGGAGCUGCUUAUGUCGAUGUCAGUUUCCAACACGAUGUUAAAAGUCAGCCAAUUAGCAAAACUGAAAAAUGGAAAGUAGAGCAAGGUGAUAGCAAGUUUCCGAAACGUAGUGACCAAAGGGAUCAGGAAACAGCUUUUGUCGAACGUCAGCCGCAACAAGGAUCUCAGAAAGGCUUCAAGUGGAACGUCCACAACUCUGGAGAUCGAAGAGAUAGUAGGACCUCUAGAACUACGACUAGCACUCAACAAGAUCAUGGAGUUGCAAUCGUUGAUGUGAACGUUCAACAUGAACGUCAGCCCCAACAAGGAUCUCAGAAAGGCUUCAAGUGGAACGUCCAAAACGCUGGAGAUCGAAGAGAUAGUAGGACCUCUAGAACUACGACUACCACUCAACAAGAUCAUGGAGUUGCAAUCGUUGAUGUCAAUGUUGAACAUCAAACUGCUCCUGGUAAUAGGUGGGGAGCUGCCAAUAACGACCAGCAAAGAUCGGGUUUCGGUAGGCAAGAUUUUGGAUCUACUUCUUUUGAUGUUGACGCCCAUAAUAAUUCUGUUAUCCAGCGAGAAAAUAGACAGGGAUUUGAGUGGAAUGUUCAGAAUACCGGCCAGCAAUCAAGGAGACAGCAAAAUCACCAGGGUAUAAUUCAAGUUGAUCAAAUGUCUGCUUCUGGAGGUCCACAAUAUUCACAAGUGCAUCAGCAAAGUCAGCAAAGGGUGGGUCAGUGGAGCGUAGAUGUGCAGCAUAAUGCAGAAAGUAAAUACACUAAACAACAAAGUCAGAAGGUUACUCAACACAGCUAUGAAACACAGCAAAGCUCCUCCUCAUACCAACAGAGUUUCCAUCAAGAAACAAAACAAUAUGGAGUAAGCCAAGGAGAAGCAAACUUUCCAGCCCUUGUACAAAAACAUGGAAAUUGGGAAGUUAGACGAGUAAGCGUUGAUGAUAACAAACCUUUUGGUACCCAGACAUCCAUGGAAGUGCAACCACUCGAUAGGAAGGUCACCUUGGGUGCAAAAGACCACAACGCUCCACAGAGAAAAGAAUUGAUGAAAGAAUUCAAGCAAAGGAGAAGUUUUGAAGAUGUUACAGACGAUGGAACUCACGUGAAACGCACUAUAAUAACCAGCGGCGGAACAAGUUAUGAUAAACCAGGAAGUGAAAUUUCUACACGAAAAAUUCAGGAUCACAUCGUCAUGUCUAAAAGAAGCUGAGCUAAACAUUAUGCAGUUCAUGGCAUCAUACAGAAAUAUCAACAUUAGAUAAAUAAAUUAAAUAAAUAAAACUGUAGCUUUUAGUAAAUAAUUUUGAAACUUAUAAUAAUAAUUUCUUGGUAAAGAAAAAUGUCGUGGAAUGGAAUUGUAAAUACUAAUCAUUAUUGUAACAUCUUAAAUGAACUCAAAGGACAGAUUACAAGCCUUAUUCGACUGGGAAUAGAUUGGGGAGUAAAGUCCAAUGGAGACUACUCCAAUUCAAAGUCGAAUUCUUUGCUAUCAAUAGGUUUAGCUUUUCUUUUUAGUGUGGAACAUUCACGCAUUUCCAAGUAAAGGUCCCUGGUUUUUAAUCCUUAUUUUGUACCAUUAUAACUACUGUGCAAUUAUUGGAAUUUGUGAAUUUUUUAGACUAAAAUGAGGAAGGAAAACUUGAAAUAAUGUAGACAGCUUUUAAUUUUUUAUAUUGCACUAUAUAUAAGAUUAGCACACUCAGUCGAUGCUUACAGAAAUGACAAUAUUAGGUUUUAAUAUUUGUGUAUUUUUUUAUUAAAGAGCUUAAUAAAUUAGUAAAAAAUA